GGGACGGUACUGGUCGGAGUCGAAGGAAGCCGGAAGCAGGUCCCGGGUGCCACCCAGACAACCCGGGACUCACUCUGUUGCCGCCUGCGGCCUGAGGCCCCCUUCCCGCCUAGGUUGUGCGUGUUCCUGCCCAGGCUCUGUGCCCACCGCCCGCUCUGACCCAGGCGUGGCACUGCAAGGAGGGGACCCUGAGAGUGGGGGCGUCUGUGUCCACCCACACAGGGUGGCCCAAAGUGACCACGGCCAAGCCAUGGGAACCGCACUCGUGUACCACGAGGACAUGACGGAGGCCAGGCUGCUCUGGGAGGACCCCGAGUGCGAGAUCGAAUCUCCUGAACGCCUGACCACCGCCCUGGAACGCCUGCAGCAGCGUGGCCUGGAGCAGAGGUGCCUGAGGUUGACAGCCCAAGAGGCCUCAGAGGCAGAGCUGGGCUUGGUGCACAGCCCCGAAUACGUGGCCCUGUUGCGGGAGACCCAGGCCUUGGGCAUGGGGGAGCUCCAGGCGCUGUCUGGACAGUACGAUGCCGUCUACUUCCAUCCGAGUACCUUCCACUGUGCCCGGUUGGCCGUGGGGGCUGGGCUGCAGCUGGUGGAUGCAGUACUGACAGGAACUGUGCACAAUGGGCUUGCCCUGGUGAGGCCUCCUGGGCACCAUAGCCAGAGGGCUGCCGCCAAUGGAUUCUGCGUGUUCAAUAAUGUGGCCAUAGCAGCCAAACAUGCCCAGCAGAAGCAUGGGCUGCACAGGAUCCUCAUUGUUGACUGGGAUGUCCACCAUGGCCAGGGCAUCCAGUAUAUCUUCGAGGACGACCCCAGCAUCCUUUACUUCUCCUGGCACCGCUAUGAGCACGGGCGCUUCUGGCCCUACCUACGAGAGUCCAAUGCAGACGUUGUCGGGCAGGGACAGGGCCGAGGCUUUACUGUCAACUUGCCCUGGAACCAGGUCGGGAUGGGAAAUGCUGACUACAUGGCUGCCUUUCUGCACGUGCUGCUUCCCGUGGCCUUUGAGUUUGACCCUGAGCUGGUACUGGUCGCAGCAGGAUUUGACUCGGCGAUCGGGGACCCCGAGGGGCAGAUGCAGGCCACGCCCGAGUGUUUUGCCCACCUCACACAGCUGCUUCAGGUGCUGGCCGGUGGCCGGGUCUGCGCCGUACUGGAGGGUGGCUACCACCUGGAGUCGCUCUCCCAGUCAGUGUGCAUGAUGGUGCAGGCCCUGCUGGGUGACCCUGCCCCACCGCUGUCGGGGCCCAUGGUGCCACAUCACAGCGCCCUGGAGUCCAUCCAGAGUGUCCGGGCAGCACAGGCCCCUCACUGGACAAGCCUCCAGCAGCAAGGCCCGGCCCCCAUCCCGAGUCCCAGCACCCACUCCCCAGAGGGGAAACCCUUGAGUCUGCUGACUGGGGGUUCUGAACUCAAGACUGCAGCAACCCAGGCCGCGGCGGCACUGAGCUCCCUCCUGGACCAGCUGCACCUCCGGCCCACGCCCCCUGUCCGCACAGCUGUUGCCCUGACUUCGCUGGGUGCUGGCCUGGUCCUGCCCCCUGAGGUCCUCCGUGAGGAGGGGUCAGCCCCGCAGGAGGAGACGCAGGCCUGGGCCAAGCUACACGAGGCCCUGGCCAAGGACGAGGCCCUCACUGCACUUGGGAAGGUCCUGUACCUCUUGGAUGGGAUCCUGGAUGGGCAGAUGAGCAGUGGCAUCGCAGCUACCCCGGCCCCUGCUACAGCUGCCACCCUGGAUGUGGCCGUUCGGCGUGGACUGUCUCAGGGAGCCCAGAGGCUGCUGUGUGUGGCCGUGGGACAACUGGACCGGCCCUCAGACCUUGCUGAUGAUGGGAGGAAUCUGUGGCUGAACAUCGGGGGCAAGGAGGCGGCUGCUCUGUCCACGUUCUACGUGUCAGUGCCACUGCCAGAGACAACUGGUGGAUUCCUGAACUGUGUCCUGGCGCUGGUGCUGCCCCUGGCCUAUGGCUUCCAGCCUGACCUGGUGCUGCUGGCACUGGGGCCAGCUCACGGCCUGCAGGACCCCCAAGCUGCACUCCUGGCCGCACUGCUGCGGGUGCCAGCAGGGGGCCGAGUCUUGGCCCUUGUGGACGUGGAGUCCACACCACAGCUCGCAGGAGUCCUGGCCCGGGUGCUGUGUGGGGAGGCACCCCCCAGCCUGGGCCCCUUCUCUAUGGCCUCCCCAGAGGACACACAGGCCCUGAUGUACCUGAGAGGGCUGCUGGAGCCACAGUGGAAGAUGCUGCAGGUGGCCGCUUCCGCUUGACUGCUGUAACCUGGUUGCUGGAAAUCAGCUAAGGCGGGAGGAUUUAUCCCUGGAAAUGACACUACGAACCAGUCUCCCAAGAGUCUGUUGUUAAACAUUCACCAGCACACCACUGCCUGAGGCCUCUGUCCUGAUGCCCAGGCCACGGGGUGCCCAGGGCACUGGCGCAGAGGCAGCGUCCACUGCAGGGACCUGGCGCUCCCCUGCGCACCGGGCUCUUCACGGAAGGCCCCGCCCAGUCUCCCUCCACUCCAAUCAGUAAACGGCUAAGCGAAA